GAGCAUUCGCCUCACAAAAGGACGAGGAUUGUAACGAGCUACGAAUUGGGCCUGUCCCGGCCCGCCAUCGCGUUCAAAGAAGGCGUCAACCAGGCGUCCAUUUCCAAGGUCGUAUCUCGAUACCAGAACCAGAUUUCGGGCAAAUCUUUACCGUGUUCAGGCCGCCCCAAAGCUCUUAAUGAACGCGAAAAUAAGGCAUAUAUUACGUUGUAUAGACCUUGGCCCCUUCAUACCGAUCGAUAA